AGAAACAAUCGUUGUUGUGUACUACUUUCGACAUAGGGAAUUAGGAACCAUUCCAACACAGUCAAUCCCAAAUACAAUCAAUCCCUCUCCAUCCCAGAUCUCUCUUUUUCUCUCUCCUAGUCUCUCUCUCUCUCUGUGUCUCUCUUUGUUUCUGUCUGAGCAUAAUCAUCAUCGAUCUCCAAUCUAUCUCUCACAUUCCUCAGAAGCUCGGAAUCCGAAGCAAAACUCAAUCUUUUUUGAUGGCAAAUAGUGAGGAGUCCUGUUCCACUCAACUCAUUGAUGGAGAUGGUGUGUUCAAUGCUACUGGAAUUGAUAAAUUAAUCAAGAAGAUAAAAUUAGCUGAAUGUGGACUUUCAUAUGCUAUUGUCUCGAUCAUGGGCCCCCAAAGUAGUGGGAAGAGUACUCUACUAAAUCACUUGUUUGGUACCAACUUCAGGGAGAUGGAUGCUUUUAAAGGAAGGUCCCAAACAACUAAAGGUAUUUGGUUGGCAAGAUGUGCUGGUAUUGAGCCUUGUACUCUUGUAAUGGAUUUGGAGGGUACAGAUGGAAGAGAACGUGGAGAGGAUGACACUGCAUUUGAGAAGCAGAGUGCCCUUUUUGCUCUCGCUGUUUCAGAUAUAGUGCUAAUAAACAUGUGGUGUCAUGACAUUGGCCGUGAGCAAGCUGCAAAUAAGCCUCUUCUAAAGACUGUGUUCCAGGUCAUGAUGCGACUGUUUAGUCCACGCAAAACGACUUUGAUGUUUGUCAUACGUGAUAAAACAAGGACUCCACUAGAAAAUUUAGAACCUGUUCUAAGAGAAGAUAUUCAGAAGAUUUGGGACUCUGUUCCUAAGCCCCAUGCACACAAGGAAACUCCAUUAAGCGAAUUUUUUAAUGUUGAAGUUGUUGCUCUCUCUAGUUAUGAAGAAAAAGAAGAGCAAUUUAAAGAGCAGGUUGCUAGCUUGAGGCAACGAUUCUUUCAUUCUAUUACCCCUGGGGGGCUUGCGGGAGAUCGACGGGGAGUAGUUCCUGCUUCGGGUUUUUCCUUUAGUGCACAGCAAAUUUGGAAAGUUAUUAAGGAGAAUAAGGACCUUGACCUUCCCGCUCACAAGGUCAUGGUGGCUACUGUACGCUGUGAAGAAAUCGCCAAUGAAAAGUAUGCCUCUUUUGCUUCAAAUGAGGAUUGGUGUCAUUUGGAAGAGACUGUGCAGUCCGGUCCUGUUUCUGGAUUUGGGAAAAAGCUCAGUUCAAUUCUUGAUUCGUUUUUAUCAGAGUAUGAUGCAGAAGCUACCUAUUUUGACGAAGGUGUCCGAUCUGCAAAGCGGAGGCAGUUUGAGGAGAAAUUGUUGCAGCGUAUCCAACCGGCAUUCCAAUCCCUGCUGGGACACAUUCGUUCUGAAACUUUAGAAAAAUUCAAGCAAGUAUUUGAUAAAGCUCUGAAUGGAGGGGAAGCAUUUUCUUUGGCCUCUUGUAACUGCGCACAGUUUUGUAUGGCUCUAUUUGAUGAAGGAUGUGCAGAUGCUGUUAUUGAACAAGCAAACUGGGACACAUCUAAAGUGAGGGAUAAACUUCGACGUGAUAUAGAUGCACAUAUUGAUUCUGUCCGCGCUGCCAAGCUUUCUGAACUUACUUCUUUGUAUGAGGCAAAGCUUAAAGAGGCAUUAUCAGGACCUGUGGAAGCUCUAUUAGAUGGAGCUAGUAAUGAGACCUGGCCGGCUAUAAGGAAACUUCUUAGGCGUGAGACUGAAGCUGCUGUUUCUGGGCUUUCUGAUGCGCUUUCUGGUUUUGACUUGGACGAACAAACAAAGGAUAAAAUGCUUGCAAGUACUAAGGACUAUGCGAGAGGAGUGGUUGAAGCAAAAGCAAGAGAAGAAGCAGGAAGGGUCCUGAUCCGCAUGAAGGACAGGUUUACAGCAUUGUUUAGUCAUGAUUCCGAUUCAAUGCCGCGGGUUUGGACUGGGAAGGAUGACAUUCGAGCAAUCACCAAAACUGCUCGCUCUGCAUCCUUAAAGCUUAUGGCUGUUAUGGCCGUGACCCGUUUGGAUGAUGAUCAUAGUGAUAAUAUUGAGGGUACACUAUCUGUUGCUUUGGUGGAAUCCACAAAUGGUGCUGUUAAAGAUAGGAGCGUUACAUCAUUUGAUCCACUGGCCUCAAGCACUUGGGAAGAGGUUUCACCGAAGAAAACAUUGAUUACACCUGUCCAGUGCAAAUCUUUGUGGAGACAAUUCAAGUCAGAGACGGAAUAUACUGUCUCUCAGGCCAUCGCUGCACAGGAAGCCAACAAGCGUAAUAACAACUGGUUGCCACCACCAUGGGCCAUUGCUGCCAUGGUAAUCUUGGGAUUCAAUGAAUUUAUGACACUUCUAAGAAAUCCUUUGUAUUUGUGUGUCAUCUUUGUUGGUUUUUUACUAUUCAAAGCCUUGUGGGUGCAGCUGGACAUUUCGGGUGAAUUUCGCAAUGGUGCUCUUCCUGGGCUUAUUUCCUUGUCCACCAAGUUCCUUCCCACUGUCAUGAAUCUUCUUAAAAGAUUAGCAGAGGAGGGGCAAAACCCUAUGACUAAUGAUCCCAAUAGAAACCCUGCAACUAACGAUCAACAAAGAAACCCUGCACUGGAAUCAAGAAGCUUUAGGAAUGGAGUAAGUGCCAGCAGUAGUGUGUCAUCUAGUGCUUCAUCUGAAGUAAUUUCGUCUGAAUAUUCCAGUCCUGCAAAAGAAGACUAAAGGAACUAAUCCAUCCGAUUAAAUAGAAAUUCUUCAUUUUAAAGCGCUGGUGUCUUGCUUGCUCUUUGGCCGGAUGUUGCACGUUUAUGGCCCAUGAAGCUUAACUCUUGUGAGCAUGCGAGAGGAAUAGGUUUUUAAGGCAUUGAUUUUUGUUCGAGUGCCACAUACGGGGGCUGUUGCUCAGGAGGCCCCAUCAAUAGUUUCCAUAUUUAAAUAGGUGUUUCCAUUUUGUUUAUUGGAUGAUGUGGUUCAUUAUGCUUGUUCUUAUUCAAUUUUGUCUUGUGAGUUGUAACGCUGUGUGAUUGUAAUAUACUUAGAUUUGUUAAUGAGCAUUCUUAUUUGAUAUUUUACUGGUUUGAAAACCAGUUGGAGACUAAUUUAUGUAAGGUUGAUAAAUCAUAAGUGUUUAUUGAUCGGCACUUAUUUCUUUC